CUCCACUACACACAAACACACAAUGGCACCAGAAACGAUGCUCCUCGGCGUCUGUGCCGUGCUGAUGGUGGUCGGCGUCACGAACGCGGCGGAGGGCCAGGUGGCGUCGGUCGUCGUGGGCCUGGCGAGGUGCGCCGACAGCACGAGGAAGAACAUGAAGGCUGAGGCCGGUUUCAAGGGUCUUCAGGUGGCGAUCAAGUGCAAGAACAGCAACGGCGAGUACGAGACAAAGGCCGUGAGUGAGAUCCAAAGCUCCGGAGCCUUCAGCGUCCCACUCGCCGCCGACCUCCACGGCGCCGACUGCCACGCGCAGCUCCACAGCGCCGCCAAUAACGCGCCUUGCCCUGGGCAGGAGCCGUCCAGGAUCGCGCCCAUGUCAGGCGGCACCUUCGUCGCCGUGCCUGGCAAGAUGCACUACCCGUCCGCGGAGUGCGCGUCCGCGUUUCUCUGCUCCCCGAUCAAGAAGCACUUGUUAGAUCACUUCCACAAGGCACCCCUGCCGGUGCCGGAGUACCACCCGGUGCCUGACCACAGCAAGCCGCCGGUGCCGGAGUACCACCCGGUGCCUGAGCACAGCAAGCCGGCGCCGGAGUACCACCCUCCCACGCCGGAAUACCACCCUCCCACUCCAGUGUACGGGCAGCCAAAGCCAACUCCGAUCUACCAUCCUCCCGCUGAGCACUGAGUUCGAUCAACAACGAACGCCAGAGCUAGAAGAACGGCAGGCUUCUGUUAGUUAUUAAUUCAGUACUGCACGUGUUACUAGUGCGCCUCAUGCAUGGAGAAUAAAAUGGUGUGAAAUAUAGCUGGGAGCUUGUACUUUAUUAGUUAUCGAUUGUUGUUUAUCUUUAACUUGCUUACCGAAAUCGUGUUGUGCAUCUUGUCUUUUUGUCAAUGUAAGCAGAGCCUGUUCUCA